AUGAUUCUCUCAUCAAACACCAAGACGCUUACGGGUGUCAUCGCUGUUUUUGUCUUAUCAUGUACCUCUCUGGUUGUUGGUCAAAGUGUGUCAGGCAACGACGCGAUAGCCGAUUCCCACGGCCUCACUUACGUUUAUGAGGAAUUUACUGUGAGUCCGCUAUCUGAAUGUCUAAUCCUCUGCAAACUCCUUUCAUUACCGUCAGCUGGGAUAUUGGGAUUCGAUAAAGUACAGCAGAAGACGGAUGCUAUCACGAACAGUCUCUCAACCCAAUCUUACAACAACAACAACACGGAUGCCCAGUCCCUGGUUGACCAAUACGUCAACAUAACCAACAUCCAACUUGAAGGAUUGGGCACGUCUAACCUACAGGUCCAACUUGAGGAUGCGACGCAGUAUGGUGUUGCAGAGGCUGUUCAUGUACUCGUUCUAGAAAUCCGCCGGUUCUUCUUCUCCCUCAUCUCGCAAAAGAACUCCUUCACCAGGGACCAACGAGUGGUGCUGUCUGACACAGUGCUGGCGCAAAAUCUUAUCGUCGAUGAUUUCCUCCAGCGGGCUCCUGCGUACCUUGGGAAAGUCCUGGAAAUUCUGGAAAGGGACUUAGCGGUCAUACGGCAAAGCUACGCAAGUACAUCUAAUGAGUUGCUAGCUGUGGAAGCACGUCGGGCUAGAUAA